CUUCUUAACUUUUUUUAAAAAACAAAGACGAUGACUUCACGUUACAGCUCAUCAUCACUUUUACAGAGUAUCCUUGUCCGCGGGGCUGAUUUAAAAACAGCUCAGAUAAUAGCAACCGCUACAGUAUCUGGAUUGGCUGCUCUGUAUUCACUUUAUUAUUAUCAUACUACAUAUAGCGUACAAAAAAAGAGACACAAUGGGUUUAAAGAGGUGAAGAUAAUUCCAUCUCCAAAAGGUGCUCUCCCUUUCUUCGGUCACAUAUUUCAGAUUGAUAAGGAUUUGCCUGCAGUCAAAUUUCACGAAUGGUUUUAUAAAUAUGGUCCUCUUGUUCGUAUCAACAUUGGGUCAAAGGAAUGGAUCCUUAUCGGUGACUCUUACAUUGCAAAUGAGCUUCUUAAAACCAAAGGCGCAUUGACCUCUGGUCGGCCAUAUCAUCCUUUCACCACUGAUUAUUACGCGCUAAACCGGAGAGGUAUGACCUUUACAGACGCAGAUAAGCGAUGGAAAAGAAGCCGUGCAGCUGCGCAGUCGCUACUUAGUUCAAAAGCUGUCGAUCGGUUGACGAAGACGCUUGAAAUUGAAGCUACUCAAGCAACUCAGAGGUUACUUGAAGAGACAGCUAAAAACGGUCAAGUCAAUAUCGUCAAGCACAUGCAACUCGCUGCCCUAAAUGUGAUCUUACGAAUAUGCUUUGGUGUUUACGGUGAAUCUGUGGAUGAUUUCUUCAUUCAAUCCAUCGUCGAAACCAUUGAUAUAACAAUCAAGUGGGGCGCACCAUCAGAAGACCUGUUGGGCACCGUAUUACCUGGUGGAAUUUCAAGUGUAUUCAGUUAUUUUACUGGAAGGGAACAGCGGUACCGAGAAUUCACAUACGAGAAACGAGAUCCCUUGUUCCGUCAAUUGAUUUCAAAGGCUCUGGAAAGUGAUACGGAUUGUUUUGCCAAGGACCUAUACAGAAUCAAGGGGGAACUUGAAUUGGAAGACGAUGACAUACUGGUAUUGUUACUUGAUCUGAUUAAUGCGGGCACCGAUCCAACAGCAAUAACACUUACCUGGGCAUUUGUAAUAUUAUGUCAUCACAAGGAUGUGCAAAAGAAAAUCCAAAAAGAAAUCGACAUGUUCAUUGCUGCACAUGAUGGCAGGUUACCGAAUUUUGAAGAAAGAGAGUGUCUGCCGUACUUACUUUCCGUGCAGAAAGAAUGCAUGCGAUAUCGACCCAGCAACCACAUUGGCUUACCCCACAAAGCCAUAAAAGAUUUCAAAUUUAACGGGUAUUCAAUCAGGAAAGGAAGCGUGCUUUUAGCCUGCACUUACUCGCUAAAUCUCAGCCCCGAUCGUUAUCAAAAUCCAGAGAAGUUUCUUCCUGAUCGAUACGCGGGAGAUCCACGGCCACUAUCCGUUUCAGUUAACUCUAGUAUUGAUACCCGUGAUCAGUUUAUGUUUGGCUGGGGAAGACGGAUUUGCCCCGGUGUCAAUUUGGCUGAUGCGGAAACAUUCAACUUUUGGGUUCGUAUCUUCGCAACUUCAACAAUCGAGCCUCCGUUGAACAAACAAGGAGUACCCAUGUAUCCAAAUUUAGAUGCUUGCUAUGAUGGUGGGCUUGUUGUCACACCGAUCGAUGCAAAUCUUCGAUUUGUCAAGCGUCGCGAUCGUCUUGUAUGAUUAUUUUGUGCAUGUAGUGCACUCAUUUAUAUAUCUAGUAUGGUUACAGAAGUCCUAAAAAGCGUGUGCAAAAAAGAUUACUUACAAACAAGAAUAUAUAAAAAUUAUGUCAUUUGGUACGCU